AUGAACAAUCAGGUUCAGACCACACAUCUGUGCAAGCUUGAACUCCUUGUUUUCAAUACAAGCUUGGUUGACCUGUUUCCAAACGGCAACAUUGGAAGCCUUUCUAGCACAGUCAACAGCAGAUUGGUAGUCCUUCAAGUAAACCAAGGUGGAAGCAAGCUUGGAGUAGUUGGAUAUAUUGGAGUAGAUCAACUUGGCAGCAUCGUAGUUCUUGUUGGAGUACAACUUGUCACCAAUAGAUUCCAAGUCAGCAACGUUGGUCAAUUGCAAGAACUUCUCGAUCUCGCUCAGCUUGCCAAGCGUAGCGUAAGCGUUGAUGAUGGCCUCGUCAACCUUUGGCUCUCUGAGAGUUUGUCUAGCCAUCAACAAGUAUGGAACAAGCUCUUCCUCCUUACCAGCAUGCUCAGCGAUAUCAAUGACUUGCUCAAAGUUGGAAGAGUCACCAGCCUUCAGAUAAGAGUUGAUAGCCUCUGGAAUUCUCAAACCGUUCAAUUGAGCGGCACCAAGCUGAGACCACAGUUCAGGCUUCUCAAGCUUCUCGGCGUAGUUCUCACCUCUGUCAAGAGACAUGAUAUCUUCAACCAAAACCUUCAUGGCGUCGGUGUAUCUCUCAAACUUGUCAUCAACAACGCCUGCAAUGAUGGGUUAUCAUUAAAUGGAGAUGGCUCCAAGAUGAUCUUCUCCAACAGCUCAGUCAACUCGCCUGGAAGAUCGUUCUCCAUGAACGCCUUCACUGCAAUGGAAACAGGUUGUGGAUCUUCCAGUUCAGGAACAGCAGUUCCCACAACUUGGUCCACCAAUUGUCUGCGGUGGAUGUUGUCCUCAGACAACACCUUGCCCCAAAGAGCAAGAUCAGAUCUCUUGAGCAGGUAUCUGGCUUGGUAUUUGUACAUGGCAUUUUCGUUUGUGAUGUUGAUCAACUCAUCGUCAUUGAAACCCUUGUCUGUCGUAUUGGUCGUUCUCAAGCAGGAAUUUCUCUGGGUUGUUGUUGGAGUCAAUGUAGAUCUUGGCAAGAGUGUCGUAGACGGCCUUGUCUGCGGCACCAGAUUGCAAAGUAGCCUCCAAGAAAGGCAGCAGGAUCUUGAGUCUGUUUCUCUUUUCCACCUCCUCACAAAGCUCGGCAAUUGGAACUUGUCCAAGAACGGAUUGCAAGAGAGACUUGAUCACACUCUCGUCACAGUCAACAUCAAGCAAAGCUGCAACAACUUGUGCGGUCUUGGAUGGGUUGACUUGUUGAACAUAAACCUCAAUGAACUUGAAGAAUUGGUUCUUGUAAAGGUACAGAAUCAAGUCAUGAACAAAGUUGAAUCUAUCGCAAACAACGAUCAAUGCAACUUGGAUGACAACUUGCAAGUUUUGGGCCAAGUUCUUGGACAGCAUUUCUCUCAGACAUGCAACAGAUUGUUCAACAUUCAACUUUCCAAAGUAUGCCACAAGCCAGUCAACAGGCAAUGCAUUGGAGUGAACAAUGACUCUCUUGAUGUCCUUGAUGUUUUCGUAGUGCUCCAAAGCUCUCUGGUAGAGACCAGCUUUCUCACAAAGAGCAGCAAUGGUUGGUCUAUCAUAGUGAGAGAACAUGGCGUUUCCAAGAAUGGCAUCGGCAACCUGUGGGGCAUGCAGCAAGUUAACUUCAACAAACUCGGCGGCCUUAUCUGGGUUGACUCUCAGGAUGUUCUGAAUCAAAACAGUGAAGUUUGGAUGGUAGUUGGACUUUUCACAGUAUGGCAGGAUCUUGUCGAAUUGUCCCAACUCUCCGAGACAGGUGACCACCUUGGAAGGCACUUCCGACUUGUAGUAGAUAGCCAAGGCCAAGGUUGUGUUGAAGGGUUUCACAAGGUCACCGAGUUCUUCAGAGUAAUCCAAUUUAUCUUCCUUGAGGUACUUUUCAAGGGUCUCGACUCUGUUUUGUUGCAAAAGAGGUCUCACCAACUCCAAAGUUUCGUAUUUGUUAAGAGCACCUCUAUCCAGCAGGUAAACCAAGUAUUGCAAGAUUGGGGCCGGCUGGCCAGGAGGUGUUGGCAACGACUUGAGUCUGGAGAUUGUGUCUGGGACUCUCAAUUGAACAGAGGAAGCUGCAAUCUUAACGGCUGCUCCGUAGUCACCCUGGGCAAGAGACUGGUUGAAUUGUUGCGUGAAGAGAGACUCGGCACCAGGAAGACCUGCUCUGGAAGCCAGGUUCAGAGCAAGCUCGACGUCACCGAGGUUCUUCAAGAUGUAGGAAACAAUUCGAUCGUUGGCCACCUCGACAGCAAGCACAGAACCGCUUCUGUUAACAGCAAUCAUUCCGGCACUCUCGUUGAAACUGGAGGCAGUGAAAACAGGGUCGGAGGAGAUUCUGUUGAGGAAGAUCUUUUUUCCGGAUUCGAGGUCGUACAGGUGGAUGAAGCCGAACUUGGUUAG